CUUAUUUAUUCUCAACCCGAAAACACCCCUCCCCCCUCUCUCUUCUGCUUAUAACUAAUUUAAAAAAGCCUUACGCGUUUAGCAUAAAAUCUCUUCGCCAUUUCAAGUUUUAUCCAUUCCUUCUGAACAACAAUGGAGAUUUCAGUACUGCAGAAAAACAAUCUGAUUACUAUGCUGCUUAUCUUAGCAUGUGCCGAUCUGCUCUUUUCAGGGUUUGAAGCUAAUGCCUUGCCUUAUGAUUACACAGCAAGCAUUGAGUGCUUAGAAACUCCUCUAAAACCUCUACACGGUGGAGGAAUCAUAUUGAACCCAGAGUUGAACAUGGGGUUAAAAGGAUGGCAAGCAUUUGGAGAUGCAAAGAUUGAGCAAAGAGAACUUGCAGGCAACAAAUUUGUAGCCGUUCAUGCCAGGAAUCGCCCAACUGAUAGUAUCUCUCAGAAGCUUUAUUUGCAGCAAGAGACCCUCUACUCUUUCUCUGCUUGGAUACAGGUUAGUGAAGGAAAUGAGGCAGUGGCAGCGGUAUUUAAAUCUGGAACAGGGUUCAAACAUGGUGGUGCAGUGGUUGCUGAAUCAAAGUGUUGGUCUAUGCUUAAAGGUGGCUUCACUUCGGAUGCUACCGGCCCAGCCGAGUUAUACUUUGAGAGCAAGAACACAUCAAUUGAAAUAUGGGUUGAUAGCAUCUCACUCCAACCAUUUACCACAGAAGAAUGGGCAUCUCACCAAGAUCAAAACAUUAAAAAGGUUCGUAAAGCAAAAGUGAGGAUACAAGCAAUUGAUAAACUAGGCAAUCCCCUCUCAAAUGCCACAAUCACGAUUCAACAACAUCAAAACAAACCAGGGUUCCCAAUAGGUUGUGCCAUAAACAAAAACAUCCUAACAAAUACACCCUACCAAAAAUGGUUCACAUCAAGGUUCACCGUCACCACAUUCGAAGACGAAAUGAAAUGGUACAGCACCGAAGUUUCCCCCGGUCACGAGGACUACACAUCGGCCGAUGCCUUACUUAGCUUUGCCAAACAACAUAACAUUGCCGUUCGAGGCCAUAAUGUACUAUGGGAUGACCCCAAGUACCAACCGGGAUGGCUUUACUCACUCUCGCCAGCUGAGCUUUCGAAUGCGGUCCAUAAAAGGAUCGUUUCCGUUAUGUCCAGAUACACAGGGCAGCUUAUUGCGUGGGAUGUUGUCAAUGAGAAUCUGCAUUUUUCGUUCUUUGAAAGUAAGUUAGGGGAUCAAGCUACUCCAAACUUUUAUAGGUUGGCUCAUGCAGUAGAUUGGUCAGUGCCUUUGUUUUCGAACGAGUAUAAUACUAUAGAGGAUAGUAGAGAUGGGGCAGCUACACCAGCUAAGUACCUGCAAAAAUUGAGACAGAUUCAAGGUUUAACGAGGAAUGCAAAGAUGGGAAUCGGACUUGAGUCCCAUUUUGGUACUCCGAAUCUUGCUUAUAUGAGAGCUUCUCUUGAUACACUUGGUGCUACUGGGUUGCCCAUUUGGCUUACUGAACUUGAUGUUCUAAGCGGUCCUAAUCAGGCCAAAUACUUGGAACAAAUUCUAAUGGAAGCAUAUUCUCACCCUAAGGUAGAUGGGAUUGUAAUAUGGGCAGCAUGGAAACCGCAGGGGUGUUACCGGAUGUGUUUGACCGACAACAAUUUCAACAACUUAGCGACCGGGAAUGUUGUCGACAACCUGUUGCGACAAUGGCGAUCGAGGGCCGUGUCGGGUUUGACCGACACCCGAGGUUUCUUUGAAGCUACCCUUUUUCAUGGUGACUAUGAAAUCAACAUCACACAUCCUUCUUCUUCGGCUCACAGCUUUGUGGUCGUUUCAACUAAUGCAUCCUUGCAAUCGCCACUUACGUUUCAAGUUUCUGUAUGAGAAAAAGCAAUGCAUAAACCAAUAAUCAUAGUUUUAGAUUUUAUGAUUUAUGUUUAAUAGUUUUAUACAUUAAUUUGGUUAAUAUAGCUCAUAACUCAAUAAUAUAAUUUAUAUCACAUUCUGAUA